GAGAAGGUGCAGUAUAAUGGUGAGUGUGAACUGUGAAGUAAUUGGAGAUUGGCUGGCACUCGCACUGGCAUUGGCACUCUCACUCAUCCCUUUUUAAUCCUCCUUUUCCAUUUUAUAUUUUUGGUGUGGAUUUUGGUUUUGAUUUUCUUUCUUUUUAGGCAACUUCACCUCUCUCUCUGUCUCUUUCCCUUUCUCAAGCACGCUCGCUCGAAUCCUGACCCAGAAAUGGGCCCUAUCUUGCCAAAAACUUGCGAUCAAUCUUCCACAACCUUCCUUUUUGGCUCGUACCCUCUUUAAACUGUUUCCCAUUUCCACCCAGUAGUCAAUUUAUAACCUCUCUCUCUUUCUUUCUUCUCCACUCUAUUCACACUCUUCUACUCUCUUCUCUGUCCAUCGUUCUUCCUCUCCCCGUCGUUUCCUCUGUCUGAUAAUGUGAAACACAUCAAAAUCGAAUCUUUCCCUCUUCAAAACGAAACCCAGAAAACCACUCCAUGGCCUCCCUUAGUGUUCUCUCAGUGUUCUUCAUCUGCUUGAGACUCUGCCUCGCUGAAGAUCCGUUUGUUAGCUACGAGUUUGUGGUGUCUUACAUUACUGUUUCUCCUUUAGGUGUUCCCCAACAGGUUAUUGCCAUUAAUGACCAUUUUCCAGGGCCUACCAUUAAUGCCACUACUAAUAACAAUGUAGCGGUCAAUGUACGGAACAAAUUAGAUGAGGACCUUCUCAUCACUUGGGCUGGUAUUCAACAGAGGAGAAGUUCUUGGCAAGAUGGGGUGCUCGGCACAAAUUGUCCAAUUCCUCCCAAGUGGAACUGGACUUACCAGUUCCAAGUUAAGGAUCAGAUUGGGAGUUACUUUUACUUCCCGUCCCUUAAUUUUCAACGGGCUUCGGGUGGUUUUGGUGGCUUCAUUAUUAAUAAUAGGGCUAUAAUUCCAAUUCCUUUUGCAGCCCCAGAUGGGGAUAUCACAAUUUUGAUUGGUGAUUGGUACACUCGAAACCACACGGCUCUGAGAAGAGCCCUUAACGGAGGGAAAGACCUUGGGAUGCCAGAUGGUGUUCUUAUCAACGGGAAAGGACCUUACAGAUAUAACGACACACUUGUUCCUGAUGGCAUUGACUAUGAAACAAUUGAAGUUCACCCAGGAAAAACAUAUCGCUUUCGUGUACAUAAUGUUGGGAUAUCAACUAGUUUGAACUUCAGAAUUCAGAACCAUAACCUACUUAUGGCAGAAACAGAGGGAUCAUAUACAGUGCAACAGAAUUAUACUAACUUAGAUAUUCAUGUUGGACAAUCUUAUUCUUUCUUGGUAACCAUGGAUCAGAAUGCAAGUAGUGACUACUACAUUGUAGCAAGUGCCAGGUUCGUGAAUGAAUCACUCUGGCAAAGAGUUACUGGUGUUGCCAUCUUGCACUACUCAAAUUCAAAAGGAAAAGCGUCGGGUCCCCUUCCAGAUCCACCAAACGAUCAGUAUGAUAAAACUUUCUCAAUGAACCAGGCAAGAUCUAUCAGGUGGAAUGUGUCUGCCAGUGGUGCUCGCCCUAAUCCACAAGGUUCUUUUAGAUAUGGCUCAAUUAAUGUGACUGAUGUUUAUGUGUUGAAAAACAAGCCACCAGUGACUAUCAAUGGGAAACGGCGAACAACCCUCAAUGGGAUCUCAUUUGUCAAUCCUACAACACCAAUCAGGCUUGCUGACCAAUUCAAAGUGAAGGGAGUGUAUAAGCUUGAUUUCCCCAAUAAGCCAAUUACAGGGCCACCUAAGAUGGAAACAUCAAUUAUUAAUGGUACAUAUAAGGGAUUUAUGGAAGUUAUAUUGCAAAAUAAUGACACCAAGGUGCAAAGCUAUCACAUGGAUGGAUAUGCCUUUUUUGUGGUUGGAAUGGAUUAUGGUGAGUGGUCAGAGAAUAGCAGGGGCACGUAUAAUAAGUGGGAUGGUACUGCUCGAGUUACAACGCAGGUUUUUCCUGGGGCAUGGACGGCAAUCUUAAUCUCACUUGACAAUGUUGGAGUUUGGAAUUUGAGAACAGAAAACCUUGACUCAUGGUAUCUUGGUCAAGAGACAUACGUCAGAGUUGUCAAUCCAGAGCUCAAUAACAAAACUGAGUUUCCCAUUCCAGAUAAUGCUCUUUUUUGUGGUGCCCUUGCUAAAAUGCAAAAGCCACAAGAUGUGUCUUCGGCAUUGCCAACCAAGGGUAGUAAUAGAUCGAAUCUGUUCUCGGGUCUGAUCAUGAUGAUGUGUGCUGUAGUUUUCAUUUUCCACUAAAACUUCUCUGCUGCGAUGCCUCUUUCUUCUUGAGGGAGCCUAACAUGUUUAAUGAGAUUUGUGUUCGCUUGUUUAGGUGUGUAAUUGUAGGCUUGUUGAUACUGAUUAAGUGCUUUUGGCUAUGUAUUUAUUUUGUCCAACA